AUGCCCUCAUUCGGAUCAGCUCAGGGCAGUAACGGGGCCAUGUCGGCACCACAAAGCGACGGAUUCGUGUGGCCCGAAUCCGAACCUCCAAGGACUAGGUCACUUGUGUCUGCACGUAUGCUCACAGAGCUGCAAAGGACUACGUCUGCGUCCCCUCCGAACCAGCUGCCAGUGCCGCUUGUCAGUUCCGCCGGUCGGCGUGGGGGAGUCUCCAUCCCUGUUUCCCCAAGGGAUGAGCAGUGCGAGGCUUCCUCGUUGCCGCCAGCACACUCGGCGGACCGCCUCCAGACGAGUGCUGUAAUGCGAGAACUGAACGAACAGAUAGACGCGCUCCUCCCCCUUGGGAAGAUUGCCGUCGAGGAGGGUAAUGUCUCCCUGGAGGAGACGCCCCAUGAAGUGUGGGAGGAGAUUUCCCUAGACGGCGACAAACAAGGGACGCUCCUUCCGCGACUGGAAGCGAGCGGUCCAGCUUGGCCCUCUCCUCUGAGAGUUUCCGUGAGCGCCGAAAGUCUCGAUGAUAUAAAGCUCAGCCCUCAGCAAUCCGAUGCGCCGAGGAAGGAAAGUGAGGCUCUUCCACCCCUCACGCCUGAGACUCCUCCGAAAAAACUCAGCAUGCCCAAGAGGAAGAGCAGCCGCCCUAAAUUCUUCGUGCCCGGCAAGCUCGACGAGGAGUAG